AACACCUGCAUUUUCUCCUUAUGGCUCUGGGUGUCGCUGUUCACCAGUCCAAAAGAGAAAAGGAUGCAGAAUCAUCCAGGCUGCUCAUCUCUGCUGCUCAGAUGUGUAAGCACAAAUAAACCAGGCUUGAACUUCUACUUUAGGCAACGAAAUACUUCAGAAACACAGAUAAACUGCUUUGAGCUACAGUGAAAUGGAGGAGAGACAGAGGCUUGGGAGAUACAAAAGAGGAAUCCUACAAUGUGUCAUCCUGAUGUUUGCUUGGAAGACAGUUUUUGGACAGAUCCGCUAUUCUAUUCCUGAGGAGAUGCACAGAGGCUCUUUUGUGGGGAAUAUUGCAAAGGACCUGGGAAUGGAUGGAAGGCAGAUUUCAAACCAAGGACUCCGCAUUGUUACUAGCACAGGUACAAUCCAGUAUUUUUCUCUGAAUGUCAAUAAUGGACAUUUACAAAUUUCUGAGAGGAUAGAUAGAGAAGAGAUUUGUGGAAGAGAAGAGGUCUGCAUAUUAAAAUUCCAGGUUAUUGCUGAGAGCAGUUUAAAGCUUUAUUUCAUUGAAAUAGAAAUUCUGGAUAUCAAUGAUAAUGCUCCCAGCUUUCUGUCAAUGGAAUGGGAAUUGAAAAUCAGUGAAAUCUCUAUUCCUAAAUCCCAUUUUCCUCUGCCAGAGGCACAAGAUCCAGACAUUGGUAUAAACUCUAUACAGAGCUAUCAACUCACAGGGAGUAACUAUUUUUCACUAGAGGUUCAAAAAGGAGGAAAUGGUGUCAGGCGUGCUGAGCUGUCAUUGGAAAAGCUGCUGGACAGAGAAGAACAAUCAGUUUAUGAUCUUAUCCUCACAGCUCUGGAUGGAGGUGAACCCAUCAAAUCUGGUACUCUGCAGAUUCAUAUCAUUGUGAUAGAUGCUAAUGACAAUGCACCAGUUUUUAGCCAACCACUUUAUGAAGUGAGUGUCAAGGAAAACAUUCCUACGUGGUCCACAGUGGCUACAGUAAGGGCCACAGAUUUGGAUGAAGGCAUCAAUGGAGAAAUAAAAUAUUCUUUCAAAAAAAUCACCAAGAAAGACUCCCAGAUGUUUCUGUUAAACUCUACAACAGGAGAAAUUAUUCUUCUGGGAAACCUUGACUUUGAAGCUUCAUCUUUAUAUGAAUUUGAGGUGCAAGCCAUGGACGGAGGUGGGCUGAGUGACCGUUCAGAAGUUAGGAUCACAGUUACAGACCUGAAUGACAAUGCACCUGAAUUAGCAACGACCUUCGUUGUCAGCUCUGUUCCCGAGGAUUCACCAACAGGAACUGUUCUUGCCAUUUUAAAUGUACAAGACCAAGAUUCGGGAGUCAAUGGGAAGGUUAAGUGUUCGAUUGCCAGCAACCUUCCUUUUCAACUGAAAAAUACAAUGGGUGAUUUUUACACUUUGGUGACAGACAGAGCCCUUGACAGAGAACAAGCAGCUUCCUACAGUGUUACCAUUACAGCAACAGAUGAGGGGAUUCCACCACUAUCUACCUCUCAGGUUAUUUCUCUCCAGGUGCUAGACACAAAUGACAACCCUCCAGUCUUUAGCAAGGGAGUUUAUACCUCCUAUCUUGUAGAAAACAAUCCAAGAGGAGCCUCAGUCUUUUCACUCCAAGCAAGUGAUGCAGACUGGGAAGAGAAUGCCAGAAUCAGCUACUCCAUCAUUGACAAUCAGAUGGGUGACAUCAGAGAGAUCAACUUCCAGGUGAAGGCCCAGGAUGGAGGCUCCCCACCCCUCAGCUCCAAUGUCUCUGUGACCCUCUUUAUCCUGGAUCAGAAUGACAAUGCGCCAGAAAUCCUGUACCCUUCCCCUCCCACCGAUGGCUCCACUGGGAUAGAGCUGGCUCCUCACUCCUCAGAGCCUGGUUACCUGGUCACUAAGGUAGUGGCCGUGGAUGCAGAUUCUGGACAAAAUGCUUGGCUCUCUUACCAGUUGAUCAAGGCCACGGAACCAGGGCUGUUCACUGUGGGACUCCACACUGGAGAGAUCAGGACAGCUCGGUUCUUCUUGGAGAAGGACACCCUCAAGCAAAGCCUGGUGAUUUUGGUCAAGGACAAUGGGCAACCAUCUCUUUCUGCCUCAGUGACGGUGACUGUGGUGCUGGCUGACAACAUUCCUGAAAUCCUCUCAGACCUGACUAGCGUCUCAGCUCCUUUAGAUGCUCCCUCGGAUCUCACCUUCUACCUGGUAGUUGCUGUGGCCUUUGUUUCCUGCCUGUUCUUCACCUUCCUCCUUGUUUUGCUGGCCCUGAAGUUGUACAGAUGGAGAAAUUCUCAGCUGCUUGAGUCAGGGAAUAUAAACUUUAGUGGUGUUCCAGUCUCGCAGUUCGUUGGGAUUGACGGAGUCCGGGCUUUUCUUCACUCCUAUUGCCAUGAGAUUUCCUUAACCACAGACUCAAGGAAAGGCCAGCUUAAUGUUUCCAAACAAAACUUUUCAAGCAGUUUGACUAAUCCACCUCCUUCUUGUGAGGCUAUGGCCCCUAUCCUAUCUGGUGAGGAUUUAAAUUUUAAUAAUGAAGAUCAAAUAAUAGCUGAGGCUGCCAACAGCAAUCCAUAUACUGAUCUAUAUACAAGUGCGGACGACCUCAGAGUCAAACUAGAAGUCGGUGAAUCGACUUUACUGGAUACCCAGUUCAUUCUUGGAAAUGCCAAAGAUGCAGAUGUUGGAACAAAUGCCAUCCAGAAUUACCAUCUGGCUCCCAAGUUGUAG